AUGUCCGCAGCAGCAGCAGCAACAGAAGAGGAAGAAGAGGGAAACGUACCCGUAGCUCUCUGUGCUAUCAGCAUCGCCGUCAUCUUGUCGUUCCAGUUCAUUCUAUCGACUGGCCACCGUCCCGCCAAGCCAAGCGACCACGUCGCGCGUGAUCGCUCCGAUCUGCACCUACCGCGCAAACUUCACCACCUCAUCACGGGGAGUCUGAUCUACGUCGCUUCCCGCUUUCUCGGUCGAGGCCCGGGCGCAACGGUUCUGCUCUCCUUUGCACUGCUUUGCUACGGAUGUCACGCGCUGCGAAGACAGAGCAACGCCUUCGAUGCUGCAUACCUCAAACGCUUUCGUCGCCUCAUGCGACCGCACGAAGUCGCCAACGCAACGCUACCGGGAGCGUACUACUUUUUGCUGGGCUCGGGCUGCUCGCUCGUGCUGUUUCAGCUCCGCAUAGCGCGACUUGCGCUUCUUCAUAUGUCCGUUGGAGACCCUGCUGCAGCGUUCUUUGGGACGUUGUGCGGUCGACACAAAUGGGUGACGCUCGUGGGCAACCUGGGUGGCCACAAGUCGCUCGAAGGCUCAAUCGGCUGCUGUGGUGUCGCAGCCCUCGCAACGUUUCUGGUCUUGAUGGUCGAGCGUGAUUUCUACUUUGACACGAGCGGCGACGAUGGGACAGUAGGCGCUGCUGCGGUAAUCGCACUUGGAGCAGGAAUCGGCGCGGCCGCCGCAGAAAUGAUCAACUUGGGCGGAUGGGAUGACAACUUGACGCUCCCGCUUUUGUCAGGCGUGUUCUUGCAGCUUACAGUCGGCUGCUAUUUGUAG